AUUCGGAUUUGCAUGCGGUACAGUCUGCAGUUUGUGUAUUUUGUUGUCAAAACAUUUAAAACCAUAGAAAGUGGACAGUGUGAUGCCUAUUGGAGCUAUUUCAAAGUCAACCAGAUUGAUAUUUGAACAGGGCAAACGAUUGCUCCUGCCGAGUAGUCUCCCUUCGUGUUCCCGUUCAAGCAUGGCCAGCUGCAAUCCUGUCACGGAGUUGUCAGCAAGACAGAUCCUAAAUGAUGUUGAUAAUUUCGUCUUUGACUGCGAUGGUGUCCUAUGGGAUGGUUUAACUGCUAUUGACGGCAGCUCAGAAACAUUAAAACGUCUGAAGAAUCUGGGUAAAAAAGUCUACUACAUUACCAACAACAGUACUAAUACCAGGAAGAAAUACAAGGAGAAGUGUGAGAAAUUGAUGGGUAUCCCUGUUACAGAGGAUGAAGUUCUGUGUACAGCUUAUGCUGCAGCUCUGUAUCUCCAUAACAAGAAACACAAAGGCAAGGUGUAUGUGGUGGGAAAUAGGGCCAUGGGGGAAGAACUUGACCAGGUCGGCAUCAACCACACAGGAAUAGGCCCGGAUGUUGUAGGAGAUAAGUCCAUGUUAACAGAUUUCGCAAAGACAGAACUUGACCCUGAGGUAAAUUGUGUACUGGUUGGAUUUGACCCUGACCUCAGUCUCAACAAAAUGGUCAAAGGAGCAUCAUAUGCCAGGCAGGAAGGCUCACUGUUCCUAGCCACUAACGAGGACUCACAUCUACCCCUCAGGUCUAAUGUGACUAUCCCAGGUACAGGAAGUAUAGUUGCUGCGGUGAAGGUGCCAGCCCGCAGAGAACCUAUUGUUAUAGGCAAGCCCAACCCCACAAUAUUUAAUGUACUGAAAGAAGCUCACGGUCUCGACCCUAGUAGAACCAUGAUGGUGGGAGACAGGUGUAACACAGACAUUGCCCUAGCUAAGAAUUGUGGACUCCAUUCUUUGCUGGUCCUGUCAGGGGUUAUGAAACAGGAAGACGUGGACAGAGAUAAAAUAUCUGCUGACCCAGAGAUCACACGGAAUCUUCCAGACCAUGUCGCAAAUUGUCUUGGGGACUUUGGAAAACACAUUCCAGAAUCAAGUCUGCCCCGUGAGAGUUUUUGCAUGCUAAGGUCGUACCACAACAAAUCCAGCGCAGUAAGAACAGACGACAUUCUUGAAAGUAUGGCGUGUACAAAAAUGGAUGUAAAAGUCGCCGAAGAAAUCAUGGAAUCAACGGACAACUUCGUAUUUGACUGUUUUGGUGUGUUGUGGAAAGGAGAAGCGGCGGUCCCGGGUAGCGUGGAGACUAUAGCUCUGCUGAAAUCACGGGGAAAGAAAGUUUUCUACCUAACAAACAACAGUAACGAUACAAGACAGUAUUACGUCAACACGUGUCAUCGCUACGGAUUUAAUGCUAAUGAGGACGAGGUCUUGUGCACAGCUUACCUACACAGUCGGAAGUUUACAGACAAAGUAUACGUCAUUGGAAAUCCAGGUAUGGCGGAGGAGCUAGACAGGUUUGGAAUACGACAUACCGGUCUUGGGCCCGAUAUUGUAGGAGACCAACGGAGGCUAGAAGACUUCAUUCCUACAGAACUGGAUCCAGAGAUUGGGUGUGUACUUGUGGGAUUCGAUCCAAACAUCAGUUUCACAAAGAUGGUGAAGGGAGCGUCUUAUGCCAGACGCCCAGACGUCCUGUUCCUUGCCACAAACGAAGACACACACCUACCACUGGACACUGAGGACGUCGUUGUACCAGGAACUGGAUGUAUUGUAGCGUCUAUCAAAGUUCCCGCCAGGAGAGACCCUAUUGUCAUUGGAAAACCGGAAGCCGCUAUCUUCAAUGUCCUUAAGGAAGCUCACAACUUAGACCCAGCCAGAACCAUGAUGGUUGGAGAUACCCCCAGUACUGACAUCUUGUUGGCAAAGAACUCGGGCUUGAAGUCCUUGCUGGUUCUCUCAGGGAUCACCACACAAACAGACAUGGAGGCCCUGGUGACGUCAUCCGAUCCCGUGACGAGGAGGCUUAUUCCGGACUUCUACGCUGAGAACCUUGGUGCACUGGGGCAAUGUAUACAACAGCUGGGAGAGGAAAACUAACUAUCUGGCAUGACAUACAAAUAUUAUGACGUCAGAAUAAAUUACAGUCCUCCUGGCCUAUGUGUGCUGGACUAAGGUUUGAAGGACACUACCAAUGAAAUCUUUAUGAAUAAAUGAUCUCAGAUUUACACGACUACCACAAACUAAAUGUUAUAUAAUGUUGAACACUUACAAUAUUAUUGGCUAGACAAUGUUCAACUCUAGAUUGCAGGUGGAAGACAUUGUGGAUGGACUUUUUAUCCCUUGGGAUUGCCAACCUGCUUGCCACGUUUUGGUUCAUACUCAUGUACUUACAUUGUUUUGAAACUAUCAUAGGAAAUAACCAGUUUUUAUUGAUAGGCUUGAUGCACGCGCCCAUCUAGAUUUUCACAUUUCUUUCAUCACUUUAGAUUUUCCUUAGUCGCCUCCUAGGUUUGAAACCAGGUCCGGAGCAUCGCAAGGACAAAACAGAUGUAUGAUGCAGUUUAAUUCAUCUUUUGGCUCUCCUGUAUCUAACUCAAUGGUGCUUUUCACUUGUGUGUCUUUUGUAUAGUAUUUCGCUGGUGAACGUCCUGAAUGUGACUGUAACAACAAAGGACGUCUUGUGUAAAGCGUUGCAAUUGCCUACAAAGAAAUACAAUGUUGAUACAGUUA